UGAGUUUAGAGCGGGACCGCCUGGUACUUUUGGAAGGAUUGAAUCGGCAGCUUGCGUGAACUUUUAUCCUGGAAGUAUGACUGAAAAAGAGAUCCUUGAGCCACCUGCAUCACCCACGUCCGAAGGCGGGAAAGGGCCCAAGGAGGAGCCCAUCCAAGAGGAGCAACAGGCCAACGGGGAACUGGUCACCCCCUCAGGGGGGCCCAUCUACUACUUUGAGGAGGAGGAGGAGGAAGAGGAGGAGCCCGAGCCGCCGCCAGAACCAGAAAGACCCGUCAACGACAAACCUCACAAGUUCAAGGAUCAUUACUUCAAAAAGCCCAAAUUUUGUGACGUCUGCGCCCGCAUGAUUGUCCUCAACAACAAGUAUGGCCUGAGAUGUAAGAACUGCAAAACCCACAUCCACCAUCACUGCCAGAGCUAUGUGGAAUUCCAGCGCUGCUUUGGCAAGAUUCCUCCGGGUUUUCGUCGUGCUUACAGCUCUCCAUUGUACAGUGCCCAGCAACAAGCUAACCGAAGUGAUCCUGUGUUUGAGACACUGCGAACAGGGGUCGUCAUGGCAAAUAAAGAGCGCAAGAAAGGACAGGAUGACAAGAAGAAUCCCUUGGCUGCUAUGAUGGAGGAGGAAACGGAGGCCCCUAAGCUAGAGGGGGGCAAACAAGAAGAAGGAAAUCCAGAAGGAGAGAAGAAGGCUGAGAAGAAUGCCCCAGAUGAUAAGAACAAGAAACAGCAGCCUGGAUUUCCCCAGUCCCACUACUUCAUUGCACUUUAUCGCUUCAAAGCCUUGGAGAAGGAUGACCUGGAUUUCCACCCUGGGGACAAAGUUGCUAUUGUUGAUGACUCUAAUGAAGAAUGGUGGCGGGGAAAGAUUGGGGAGAAAAUUGGCUUCUUUCCACCCAAUUUCAUCAUCCGUGUGCGGGCAGGAGAACGGGUGCACAAGGUGAUGCGGUCCUUCGUGGGCAACAGGGAGAUUGGGCAGAUCACACUAAAAAAAGAUCAGAUUGUGGUGCAGAAAGGCGAGGAGCUGAACGGGUACGUGAAAGUCUACACUGGCCGCAAGGUGGGGCUCUUCCCCGUCGACUUCCUCCAAGAGAUUUGAUGCCCGGCUCUGGCGUUUCCAAUGGUUUCCUAGCCUGGGCCCGAGAGGGCCAGGUUGUUUCCUUGGGGAGAGAUUCCCAGCUGCCAAGGACUCUCGGCAACGGAGUUGGGUUCUGAGAGAACCUGUGGCUCGAGGGUAAUGA